AUGGGAACUGGGAAAAGGGAGGAGUGGGAAUGGGUGCGCAGUGGUGACUGGGAGAAGGACAGGCCUCGAUACGGACCAGAAAGAAAGCCCUGCCAGUAUAUUUACAUGCCUCCCUUCAACCGAGGUCUGGGCAACCGCUUAGUGAACCAUGUGAAUGCGUUCGUGCUGGCGCUCAUAACCCAACGAGCCAUCAUCACCACGCCCUGGUCCUUUGUAGUUCGCCGAUUCUGCAACCCCUUCAGCAACUCAACCUCCUGGACUCUGCCCUGGCCCGUGCACAGCUCGUUCAUUGGCGCGGUUAAGAACCGAACGCUGGAGUUUAAAGACAUAGUUAAGUACCAUGCAGAGCGAGGAGCAGCAGGGGGAGCAGCAGGGGGCGCAGCAGCAGGAGGGGAAGCAGCAGGGGGAGCAGCAGGGGGAGCAGCAGGGGGCGCGGCAGCAGGAGGGGGAGGAGCCGCAGGGGGGGAUGGAUUGUUGGAGCUGUCAGCGGAAGAGGUGGCUGCGUUGAUUCGCAACCGCACUGUGAACAUUCACCUCGCUGGCAGAGGCUCGCACACGUUCUGCACGGAUCCAUGGGAGAGCAUCAACGAAGCUGUGUUCUGGAGCAUGGCAAUCGAUGUCUACUUCGUGCCCAGCCUCUACUACCUCCCCACAUACGCUGCAGCUCUGAAUAAAUUAUUCCCUGACCACCGAGUCUUGACUCACACCGCUCGGUUUCUUCUGCACCCAGACAACCGGCUCUGGGCGGCGAUCACUCGUCUCUUCCACGCCAACCUGGCGCACCACUCCCACCGAGUCGGCAUUCAGGUACUGCAGUGCGGUGCACUGAGGUUGAGCGAUCAGAGGGCGGAGAAGUGGACAGAUACGCAAUUCGAGUUUGCUGUCAUGGAGAUGUGGCUCCUCAGCUUCUCGGAUCGAAUUCUCAUUUCAGACUUCUCAUCCUUUGGCUGGGUGGCUCUGGGCCUGGCGGGUAUUGACGGGUAUUCCAUGGCGGUUGCUGUGAUACACGCAUUUGAGAUCGACUGGCGUAAAGAAAAUCGCCCCGUAUGCGUUCCAAUCUCACCAGAGCCUUGCGAUGUGCUUGGCGUCUCUGCUUCACUUUCUAUGUGCAAGGGAAACCACACUGUGGAGGGUGUGGAGCUAGAGGGAGACCGAUUGCGUGACUAUUCUACAUGUCCUGGAUCGUAUUUGGUACUGGCUGUUACGGGAUCAUGCGCGGAAGCGACGGAGCAUGGCGACGCGGGUAGCGAUCGCAGCAGUCGUCGCAGCAGUCGUCGCAGCAGUCACUCUAACAGUCUUCGCAGCAGUCGUUCCAACAGUCCCGACGAUUUCGAUUUCGCGAGGGCCUUCAUGGGGGUCCCGCGACUCUCGUUUCAAGAUGACGACUCUUGGUCAGACUUCUUCUCGGGAAGCACGGCAGCAACCGCGUCGGCCGACUCGCCGGCGUUUCGGACCCACAGCGGUUCCCUCGAGCGUUUUAUCAGCGUCUUCCGUGGGGAGUGUCACGGCGGCGGUGCUGACGGCGAGGUUUUCCCAGUCGUUGACAGCGGCCGAGACGCAGACGGAGACGGAAAACCGGAUGUGAAAGUGAUACCGCUUGUUUUACCACCAGCUGUGCCUGAACUCGCAUCUGUUGAGUGCUCUUCGAGGCGUGUCGAAGCUCGAGUCGAAGAAGAGGAACCAUUAGAAGUAUCUCGUGCGUUGGAUCGACAAGCGGCUGCACUUCAAGCGGCGCAACGCUCUCGAACUGUCGACACGGCCCGUGCGGCGAAAGAACGUUUUGAUCGGUCCGUGCGAGGGUGUUCAACGGUGUCGUUCCGAAAAGCCGCGUCAGCCGCGAUAGAUGCGCUGCAUCUGGACCGAGACGGUGCGACUCAUGGUGCUUCUACGGAAUGUGAUUAUACGACAUGUGAUUCUAUGACAUGGGAUGCACGCGAUGGCUCGAGAGGUCGUGACGAACGGGCUCCGUUAGAAGCUGUCUCGAAGCAGCCGUUAGUGGCUCCCAAACGGAGCCUGUGGAGAAAAUUUCGCGCGUCGGCGCCGUCGACAGAACCGCGACCCGCCGCGCCGACCAUUUCCGCUGCGGCGACGGAUACGACGGGUGCGACGACGAAUGCGAGGGUUGCGAGAGUUGCGCCGGCUGCGAGCGUUGCAAUGGUUGCGAGGGAUGCGAGGGUUGACAUGAAACGUGCGAUCUCAUCGUUCGAUUCGCCGUCCGAAUCGCCGUGUCUUGGCUCGACGUCCGAGGAUGGGCGACGUCAUCCUUGGGACGAAAGUGAUAAGAAAGCCAAUUUCAGUGUCGCGGACACGUCAUCAGUCUUCUCGAAGGAGCUAGUCGACGAGGCUGCUGACCUGGCGGAGCGUUGGAGCCAAUUGCGUCGAGACACGUGUACGACGGAGGCUUGGAGCAGAAGUAGUUCUACAAACACCAACCCUGACUCGCAGGAAGGGGCCGACAAUUCGCAAGAAUCUGUUCGCGAAGCGGAGAAUGGGACGGAGAAGCGGAAGGCAAACCGUGUGGAGGAGGUUCGGAUACGAGACAGGUUGAUUCGAACCGCUUCAUGGAACAAGUUUUGGGAACCGGAGCAGGACGGUCGGCCAAAGCAGGCGCAGCAGCCGCGGCAAGAGCAGGAGAAGGGAGAGAAAGAGAACAAUGCGGAAAAGGGCGUUGAGGUGUUUGGAGCAGGAGAAGCAGCAGCAACAAACCCAGGUGCGGCAGGAGCAAGAACAACAGCAGCCGCACCAGCAGCAGCAGCAGCAGCAGCAGCAGCAUCAGCAACAGCAGGAGAAGCAUGA